AUGAGAAUGGCUCCCAGCAUCAGCCACGUGGCUCCCAGCAUCCUCUUCAUGUGCAUGAGAAUGGCUCCCAUCUGUUGUCUCUGCGUGGUGCUCUUAACUUCGGGCACCGAGGACAACAAGGUCUCUGCGGACUACGCCCAGGGUCAGCACCAGGAGAGCUCCGUGCUUCUGCGAAGCCAGUCACGGCGCCUGGUCGCGCGGCUAGGCGGCGUGGAGCUGCUCAUGAAGGCCAUGCAGCGCUUCACGCGGAAUGAGCCGCUGCAGCGGAGCUGCUGCGCGGCCCUGGGGCAGUUGGCCAACGAGGUCAAGGAGGUCGAUGUGGAGCAGAAAGUGGUGCAAUUGCUGAUGCAGGCGCUUCGCGCUCCUCCCCGCGCGGCUGGAGGGACGGAGGCCUCCAGCUGCGCGCGCUACGGGGCGCAGGCGCUGAGGCACUUUGCCACGCAUGGGGAGACAAAGAGCUUCAUCGCGCGGCUUGGUGGCAUCGAAGAGCUGCACGACUUGGCGCUGCGAGGCCUUCAGGCACCCAGCACCAACCAGCAGCUGCGGGCAGCUGCCACUGAGGCCUUGGGCGCCCUGUGUCACUUGGCCUCGAAGCAUCCGGAGAACAAGCUCCGCAUCUUCGAAGCUGGCUGCCUGGAGUUGGCGUUCCAAGCACUUGGUUCUUCCACCACGGCGCCAGCGGAGACGGCAGAAGGUGUCGAGGCGUCCGAGGCGACGGAAGUGCCGGAGCCGGAGCUGGCCAUGGCCGCCUGUGGCUUGUUACACAACAUGUCAGUGGAUGCCGCCAUCCGGAGCCAUGUGGUGAAGCUGGGCGGCCGCGCCGCGGCGGAGCGCUUGGCGGCCUCGCACCCGGAGGGCGCCGUGCGGAACUUGGCGAUGCUGCUCUCCAAGACCCUGAAGCCCCGGGAGGAGGCCGCCGGCGAUCCCUUCGGCGCCCUCUUCGCCCAGCGCACGCCGGGCCUGGCGGCGCCGCGGCGCGUGGCCUCCAAGCGCGAGCGGAAGAUCGCCUCGGAGGUCAAGGCCGCAUACGCCCAAGCAGAAGAGCCGCGCUAG